AUGCCUGUUGAGCCUACUGCAAAAUCUCAUGUUGUCCGCGCUUGGGACCAUGAUCCCACUGAGGCACGUGCUAACGCUGCUACCCGCGUGAAGCCUGGCCCAAAGCUUAACGGAACCCAUCGCUCGUCUGCUAUUCUGGGGCAGGAAGGGCGCAAAAAUCUCACAAAUUAUGACUGGCUGCAGGUUAUCCAGUAUGCCGAGAAAAAUCCGGGGACAAAGCAGAAAGCUGUCAUAGAAUUCUUUGCCUCGAGGUCUAAUGCCAAGGGAGGGAAGCUAUUCUUCACCCAGGGCGCACUUUCAAAACACCUCAAUCCGGAGAAGAAGGCUGCCCUUCUAAAGCUUGCUGCUGAAAACUCUGCUGCACUUUUGCUCAAGCGUGAGCGCGUUGUCACUUCACCCAAAGUUGAUCGGGGCCUUGGUCUCUGGGCACUUGAUAUGGAACAAAAGAAUCGCGCUGUGACAGGUGCCAUGUUGAUCGAGCAACGGAAGAGGCUCGAGAUUGCUCUGAAUGUUCCUGAAGAGUGUUGCCUGAGAGGAACAGGAUGGCUCAAGUCGUUCAAGAAAGCUCAUGGUCUGUCUGAGAGACACAGACACGGCGAGGCCAGCUCUGUCGAUCUGGCAGCUGUUGAAGUUGAACGCAAGCGCUUGAUUGAUAUUCUCAGUGGUAUGCAAAUGCUAGAGAAUGCAUGGAAUCAUGUCAUGCCUUUGACCAUUGCCAAUUGCUGGACUCACACCAAAAUCACACCCAAGGAAACAGACGAAUGGGAAGAAAUCUUUGUUGAUCCCAACGCGCCUGACAGUUCCAACUCUGAGUCUGAGGAACCUAAAAUGGACAAGCCAGCAGCGUUGCCAGAGAAGCCGGCAUCAGUGAAGGCCAACAGUGAUGCCUGGGAUGUGAUCUUGGAAUUUGCAAUGACCAAAAUGUUGUUACCGCAAGCAGAACAGGGGCUUGAACGCGUUCUUGGCACAGAUUACUAUCCCAAGGACUGGAAUGUGCCUCUUGACGCUGUCAUGGCCUGCGAAGGCAAUUCAAUCAAGACUGAGCUCGCCGUUUGGGAUCUCAUGGCCGCUCAGACUGAAGCUGCUGCCAAGGGUCCUCUGCGCCGAUUUGCUUGCGAUCGCCAUCUCCGCGCGGCCGAGGAUGCGCUGUCUGACACCAUUCAAACACUUGCCACAGAGCGCUGCAUCCGCGGAAUCUUGCCUUUGCUCGACGACAUUCUGUAUCCACUCAUUGAACGACAAGAGCCGGGAUCCAGUGUUCUCGGCUUUGCGGAUAGAGACAACACAAAUGAGAUCAUUCAACACAUGUGCAGGGUUGAUCAGGAGGAGCUCGAGGCCGAGAUCGAGGAGGAGGAGGAGCCCGAAUUCUCGUCUGAUAAGAAGGAAGCCAUCGCGGCAAUAAAGCUCCUGGAGCAGAUCACUCAACACCGACCUGAUCUCGACUCGACGCUGACCCUUGGCCCUCAACUUCGUAAAAUGCACAUUGGGCUCACCAAGGAGAUUGAACAGGGCAAGAAACAGAUGGAACUCAGUCAGUACUUCAAGUAG